UAAUCUUCCAUCACGUAAGAAACCCAAACUAUUCGCUCUAAAUACAUUCUUAAAUAUUUUUAAGAAUCUUGUCAGUAAUUAAGAUUUCCAAAAGUUGGCCGAAAUGAAUGUCUAUUUUCUCAGUCUCAUUCUUACAGUCAUUUUAGUGAUUUCAUUCAACACUGAAGCACUUAGUCCUCACUACUACGACCAUUCAUGUCCACAAGCCGACCAAAUAGUCACCAAUGCAGUCAAGAAAGCCAUGUCAAAUGACAAAACUAUCCCUGCCGCGCUCUUGAGGAUGCAUUUCCACGAUUGCUUUGUUAGGGGAUGUGAUGCGUCAGUGCUGUUAGACUCGAAGGGAAAGAACAAAGCAGAGAAAGAUGGACCUCCUAACAUCUCACUCCAUGCGUUUUAUGUGAUUGACAAUGCAAAGAAGGCGUUAGAAGAGCAAUGUCCUGGUGUCGUCUCGUGUGCGGAUAUCGUUUCACUCGCUGCAAGAGAUGCUGUCGCUCUCUCUGGAGGGCCUACAUGGGAAGUGCCAAAAGGGAGAAAAGAUGGCAGAGUAUCAAAGGCAAUAGAAACAAGACAACUACCAGCUCCUACUUUCAACAUCUCUCAGCUGCAACAAAGCUUUGGCCAAAGAGGCCUUUCUAUGCACGAUCUUGUUGUUCUCUCUGGAGGACACACACUUGGAUUCGCCCACUGCUCAUCGUUCCAAAAUAGGAUUAACAACUUCAGCACACAAAAACAGGUUGACCCAACAUUAAACCCAUCAUUUGCGGCCAGCUUGAAAGGAAUUUGCCCAGCCCAUAACAAGGCUAAGAACGCUGGAGCGACUAUGGACGCUAGCACGACAUCAUUCGACAAUAUAUAUUACAAGAUGCUUAUGCAAGGCAAAUCGCUAUUCUCAUCUGACCAAGCACUUCUCACAACACCUUCUACAAAGAAACUUGUGGCCAAAUACGCAACUUCCAUGGAAGAGUACGAGAGGGCUUUUGUGAAAUCCAUGAUCAAGAUGAGUAGUAUCAGUGGGAAUGGUAACGAGGUCAGGCUUAAUUGCAGGAGGGUCCGUUAGAGUCUCAGUCUCAGCAUUCAACACCAAGUUCAACAUUUUCAUGUCUUUGUUUUUCUAUCUCAACAUAUUGGUUCUUUGUAAUUAGGCCUUUCUAAUGAUUAAGGCCUCGAUCAUGUAUCAAAAUUAUUCUCUUCUGUGUGUAA